GAAGGGAGAAUCUACGGUAAUGAAAAGUGGAUAACCUCACCGUGGUACUCCGCUCUAACGCUGAGAAAAUAACUGUGAUUUACUUCAUUUAAUUCAGCGUAUGUGAUAAAUGUUGCCAUUAAGGUCUCCCACUGUCACCGGUGAAUUCACAGUAGUAAGCCAUAGCAAGGACUGAAAUGCCUCUUUUUAAUGUUCUACCCUGUUAGAAAACAGUGCAGCCUAUAAAUGAUGUAAUCUGUAAUUCAGUUUUAUUAUUCAGGUGGCCUGGCGGAUGGCUUUGAUUUCGUUAGGUGGUUGUGGAGAGAUGGAGCAGGCGGGCAGACGGCCGGUCUGUUUCCUCGUGUCGUACUGUCAUCGGUUGCACUCAGCGCUGUGCCAUGAGGUGCACACACCUGUACUGAGCUGGUUUUGUGCUUUCUUGUCUGUAACAGAACUGGUGUAUCUCUGUGAAGACAAAAGAUGCUGCUUAAUUAGUGUUAGAGGCCUUAAGUGCAUGUCGUGUUCAACCAGCGUCCGGGCUGUACGAGUCGUGUCAGUGUUUCAGCCAGUCCCGUUGCCUCAGCAUUUUACGCAGACGUUGUUAUUUCGCCGACUAAAUACAGAGGAGCCUGGCGGCAAAGGGCCGGAGCUGUGCACUUCGUGCCCAACAUCACCUUCGGGCACCCCGUGGUGGAGAGCCUGCGCCGCCGGCUGGGCCAGGAGCCCUUCUUCGAUAUGCACAUGAUGGUGGCCAGGCCGGAGCAGUGGGUGAAGCCGAUGGCCGUCGCCGGCGCCAACCAGUACACCUUCCACCUGGAGGCCACGGACAACCCCGGGGCGCUCAUCAAGGACAUCCGGGAGAACGGCAUGAAGGUGGGCUUGGCUAUCAAACCCGGCACGACGGUCGAACACUUGGCACCCUGGGCCAACCAGAUAGACAUGGCGCUGGUGAUGACAGUGGAACCGGGAUUUGGAGGGCAGAAAUUUAUGGAAGACAUGAUGCCAAAGGUUCAGUGGCUGAGGACGCAGUUUCCAUCACUGGAUAUUGAAGUGGAUGGAGGAGUUGGGCCUGACACCAUCCACAAGUGUGCAGAGGCAGGUGCGAAUAUGAUUGUAUCUGGCAGUGCUAUUAUGAGGAGCGCAGAUCCAAGAUCUGUGAUCAAUCUUCUAAGGAAUGUGUGUUCAGAAGCUGCUCAAAAGCGGUGUCUGGAUCGAUGAGACCUACUCGAACAGUGUUCAAGAAGGCUCUGUGCUUGCAGGAGAACCUUUGUUUUUCAUGCGUAAGGGAGGGCUGGAUGAACAUUAAUUACGGAAAUUUGUUGCUGCUGAACAGAGGAAUCAUUCCUUCACUGCAAUGAAGCAAGCAGCAGUGAAAAACAUUCUGGCUGUCUUUCAGGGUUGGAAAUGCAAUGGUUUGAACCUAUUUCUUGAUUCUGUGGAGGCUAAUUUUAUGCACCAACCUUUAAUGCUGAGUGGAUUGAACUAAAAUUCAGUCAGUUUUUGCUUGCUAGAAGAGUGUAGCAUCACCACAUGCAAUCUCUCUUGUGGAAGACUCUAAUGAACCUGCCUUCUGCUGUCUGUAUUUUGUCACUUGAUCUGUGCAUUCCUACAAAACUUUUCCAAUGUCUGCAUUAAACACACUUCUUCUGG